UAUUCUUCCUACUUUUUCUGUUUCUAUAAAUCAGUCAUUUGUAAUUUUGUUUUUUACUAGUUAAAGUUCUUGCAAGAUUGCAGGUAUCAUCGAACAGAUUCUUCUUCAUGGAAUCAACACCGAUAAAUAAAAUGAGUUCAAGACGGCCACCAUUCUAUACCUGUGGACUCUCUUUCAUGGUAAUAGCAGACCAUGCUUGCAGCAAUGUGCAACAAUUUAAUGGACCAUUAGGUUUCGUAACAAAGAAGAUUGCGAAGAUCGUCUUAUUCGCCUCCCCUUUUGUCUACGCCCUCGAAUCUCAGCUUCUGCUCGUCUUUUCCUUGUUGGAUAACUGGAUUUUUGCAUUUGAACGCGCAGUUGAAGCUAUUUUUCCAUCUUCAGGAUACGCCUUCGACAAGAUCGAUCAACUUGUCGGGAUAGCUGAAAUCCUGCCAGGAAAAUAUGAUGAAGUUGUGAGCAAGUUUCCAGAAAUCAUUCAUCAAAUUCCAUUUCUUGAUUACGUGUUGAGUCGUGCCAUCUCAUUCCUGAGUUUCUUCGUGUCUGCAUUGUCAAAGUGGGGAUCAGGAAACAUUAAAGAGAAAGAAAUUGAGAUGGAUAUGAUAUGUAAUGACAGAGAUAUUAAUGAAAAGUUUGUUCGCAAAGGAUUUGAAUCAGAAAAAGACGGAAUUAAGGAAGAAGAUGGUAGUCUUACGUCGACAUCACCACGAGGAGAAAACGAAACAACUACGACAUGUUCAUAUAAGGAUGCACUAGAAAAAGCUGUAAAAGUGACAUACAAGGAUAUACUAGAGAAGGGAAGCAAAGAGAACACACCCAGCAAAGCGAAUAGCGAAACGGAAGAGACAGAGAUCAAAUACGACGAAAAUAAGGAAGCAACUACAAAAGGAGAGAUGGAAAAAAUCGAAAAGAGAGAAGAUAAUGUUAAGAAGAAAAGGAAAAAAUCCAAGUCUGGAAAGAAAGGAGCAAAACAGAAGAUAGAAAAACAAGAAAAGAGCGAAAAAGACGUGACUGAAGAACCCAAUGCUUGUAAGGAAGUAAAUGGGGAUGGAAACUGUAACAAAAUGGAGGAAAAGGUAAGCAAUGGUGAGGAGCUUUUAGAUCUUUUCGAGUCCGCUUGGCUUGCAAGCCCUCGAAAUAACUAAAUUUCGGAUUCAGUUUCGUUCCAAUAAUGAAGGAAACUAUUCCUUUGAAAUGGGUUUUGACAGAAGGGAAACAAUCUGUUUACUUGACAUUCUUCAAGUUCAAUCUUUGGUGUUAUAGCCAAGGAAUCUUUAUACAUAGUUUAGUUGAAAUUUUUAAUGUAAAUAUUAGUUGGCUGAAAUUGUCUGUACGUUAGAUUAUUAGUACAUGACUUUCCGCAUUAUGUGCAGAAAUAUCAGAGUGAUACUUGCUGCAUUAUAGAUUGUAUAUCAUAUUAAGUGCAUCAGAUAAUGAAAAUAAAUUCUGUAAUUAAAUC